CAAGGCCACACCGUUAGGUUGAGCGCAGUCUGCAGUUUCAGUUUGUUUUAUUCACCAUUUUGAGUAGCAGAAGGUAAAAAUUAAACUAAAAUCGCAUUUAGUUGACUAACCUCGUCCACAUUUUUUGUUUUACGCAAUAGCUCCGGCGUUGAGCUGUGACGUCUUGUGCCGCCCUUUGGAGUCGCAGAGCGGGGCGAUUUUUUUUAUUUGCCUGGGCUUCUUUUUCCCUUUCUUACAUUCUUAACCUCUACAGUAUUUCUGCAAAAUGUCAAGACCAGUGAGGAACAGGAAGGUGGUGAAUUACUCACAGUUCAAUGAGUCUGAUGAUGCAGAUGAGGAGUAUGGGAAAGACUCCAACAAGCCCAAGAAGAUCCGUGCGGCACCUCGGGAGGUGAAGCACAAACGCUCAAAGAACUCCCAGGAGGACAGUGAGGACUCUGAUGACAAACUCUCCAAACCCAAAAAUGAUUCAGCAGACGACUUCGGCAGUGAUGACGACAACGACUUUGGAGAGGAGGAUGAGGAGGAUGGAGGGAGCGACUAUGAGGCCAAGCGAGGAAAAAAGGGAAAGAAGGCUAAGGUGGAGAAGCCCAGCAAGAAGACGCUGAAGAGGAAACGGCCUGCUGAUGAUAGUGACGAUGACAGGGAGGUGAGUCGUAAGGUGCGCACGGUGCGCCAGGCAGCGACCAAGGCUGUGUCCAAACAGAGAGAGAUCCUACUGGGGGACGGAGGCAGCGAGGAUGAGGAACAGCCAGACCAGGAGGAGGCCUACAUGGACCCUGACGAGUCGGGUAGCGAUGAAGACUUCAUGGUUGAGGAUGAUGACGAUAGUGACUACGGACGCUCCAAGAAGAGGAGCAAGAAGGUGAUCAGAAGGGGCCGACCGGAGCGGAAGGAGAAGAAGUCCCCCAAACCAAGACUAAAGGCCACAGUUACCCCCAGCCCAUUGAAAGGCAAAGGGAAGGGGCGCCCGAGCGCCAAAGCCCUGGAGAAGAGCUCGCCCAAAGAGGAGGAAGAGGAGGAGCCAGAGAGCCCCCUGGAGGAGGACGAGGAAGAGGUCGAGAAGAAGGAGUCCUCCCCCGCCCCCAAGAAAACAAAGGAGGCCGCAGGAGAGGAAGAGGAGGAGGAAGACGAAGAGGAGGAUGGCUCGGAAGAGGACGCUCCCUCCGGGGAGGACUAGAAGAUCCGGCCUACAGAAAUCUCUCUCUCUCUCUUUGGUUCUUUCUCUCUCCUCAAACGUUCUCAAGUUUUAUUUUAAUUAUCUUUGUUUUCUUGUACUCCUGAGUUUUCAAGAUGGUUUAUUUUAGGUUUAUGCAGUGGCCUGGCCCAAUGGUUUGGACAUUAAUGUGGCUUUAUUGUUUUGCGCUGUUUUUUAUCUUCCCCUACACCCCACCUGCCCCAUUGGCCCGGGACCCCUGUGGUAUGAGAACAUGCCACGUGUGAUAGAGGAGUAUAGGCAGCUGUCUCUGGCUUUCUGAUGCCCUGUAUACAUUCUCUUAUCCUUCCAUGUCCCCCAGCUUUGCUUCUCCUUUGACAGACUUGUCUCUGGUGUCUUAUCUUUUCCCUGCCCUUCAGGAGCUCCUGUGACUUCCGGAGGGAUUCACCUCUCCAGGCUGUGUUAGUUGGCUUCUUCUCAGCACACCGUGCAAGUGAGCAUCCAUCCUGAACCCUCACCCAAACCGUAAAAAAAGCUAGUUUGCCCAACAUGCGCGUGUCUGCGAGCGUGGGUGGUUGUGUUUGUUUCAGGACCAUGUUAUCAAAGGGUCACUGAUUUGACAUGACCACACAGGGAGACAGAGGUGUAAUCCCUUUCCUCCAGUCAUGUGACCACCGUUAGGCCUGAACAUGCUCUGUAUAGCUCUUUUAACAUCCAGCCACUGCGCGGUUUAUUCAACAAGCAACACUAUCCAUUGGUGCAGCCGCAACCCCUGCAGACUAAUGAUAGAGGGCCAGACUAGACGGUAAACAAAAAUGAGGAUAUGGAUUUGGUAAAGUUCUUGUACGUUUCUACUCUGCUGGUUAGUUCAGUUUGAGGUACAUGGGUGUGUGUGUGUUUUUAAAUCUCUCUGACUCUUUUAUACUGUUAAACACAUCAUGUGUUAACAGGGCAGUUUUAUGCUUAUUUUAUUCACAGUAAUUUCUUAUCUGUGCUGUUCUGCUGUCCCCUACUUGUCUUCAGCUUGACAGGAAAAAAGUGAUCUGUCCCUGUGUUGCAGGCCUGCAGUUUUAACACUGAAGUAAUACUCAUUGCUUGUGUGGUUGUAGACUACUCUUAUUGGUCUGUGGUUUUAAUGAAGAGAACUGAGGUGAGAAUAAUUUCUAUGAACAGUGUUGACGUUCAAAAAGAUAGGUCUCCCUCUGGAGCAGUGGUUAUGAACUGACAACGGUUAAUUGUUUGUUACAGAAACAAGUUCUUGGUGAGAUCCUGGUCUGUACUCUGUGUGUCUUUGUUGCCCCCGAAGGUGUUAACCUGCUGUGUGUGUGUGCAUAAGUACAGUGUAGAUAAACUGGGUUCUACAGUUGUCUCCAUGUGGGAUGAUUCUCACGCAUGCUCACACUAAUAUGACUACCACACAGAUGUGCUGUUAGUAGCACUCAGAAAUACACUAGCCCAGUCUGACUGGAGCAUCUUCUCACCGUUCAAUCCUUUGUGCCAGGCGUCUCCAUUUGUUUUAGUUUUUUAGUUUUGUUUUGGAGAGUCCAAAAAAUGAAUGUUUUUUUUCUUCUCGUUUUAAUUCUCUUAAGAUUUUUUUUGUAAUGUUUGUUUUUUAAGAAAAGAAAUAAAAUGUAUCUUUGAUUUUAAAGAGAAAAGUUGACCCUCUUCAUCUGUUGAUAUGUCUGUGGUUGGAUUGGUUUUGGAGAGCAGGCCAUCCAUCAUGUCUUACUCCUCUCCUCUGUCUGUCCUUCUCUUUCACGUCAUCCUCCUCCCUUCUAUGUCACUCAUGAGCCGAGAACAAACAUGCAUCAUCAGGUGGACAGAUGGGUUAAAAUGGUCAAGAUGUGUUUGCAUUAUGACCCAAGCUAAUGUUGAGGGCCACUCCCUUCCCCUUCAGCUCCCUCAGGAUGGAGGGCUAUCUAUUACUAUUAUUCCUUUACUAGACUCGAUACAUUUGUGACUCAGAUUUAUGGUACUGAGAUGUAUAUUGAUUCGUAUGAAUUACUGUUUUCACUGAGUAGGCUAUGAACAUUGGUUGAGAAGCUCUCUGAAGAUUCAUCAUGUCUAAUCUUUUUGUAAAUGCCUUAAUGUGGGUCAGGCAUAGGGCAGCAGUGGGUGUCAUUACAUUGACUGGAACUGGAGAUGUGAAUGGGGAAUGUAGAUAACUACAGCUUUUCCACUAUUAUCAUUAGCUUAGUGUUGCUGACAACCAGUUGAAGCCAUAAGUGAUAUGUGAUGGCUUAAUGUAAAACGGUGACGCAAAAAGUAGGAAAAUGACGAGUCAAAGCUGCCAAAGAAAUCUUGGACAUAUGUUUGUUCUUGUUAUCUUUGUUUUAGGAUUAAUUCAAUAUAGCCUGAGACCCAAGACUGCAAAACAACUAGUGCCCUAAUAGGCCCACAUGUAAACCCAAGCCUUGGUUCUGAAGCACAUUCACUGAUUCUAAAACUGACCUUACCACAAGGAAGAAAUGCUAUCUCAUGGCCAACUCCUAAUUGACACCAAGCCUACAGCCGCAUCUAUAUAUCUGACUGUAUGUACAGAAAGACAAGCCCUUACUUACUUCUGGGACAGAGCCAGAAGGCUUUUUGCAGGAUUCUGGAAUGCCAGUCCUACAACAGCUGGUGUUCUGUGACGUGUUAAAGCUCUGAGGGCUUCUAUGCUACUGUGUCUGAAAUGAGAAACAUGACAUCCAGUAACUAUUUCCUUAGAGGGAGCAACGGACUUGUUCUUUCUUUUAUUCAUUGUACAGCUCGUUUUCAAAAUUUUGUUUCUCAUCAUGUUUUUCUCUGUAUCUUGAAUCGUUCUGGCAAUGUAAAUGUAAGCAAAUGUGAUUCCUGCAGGUGAUGUGGAGAAGCUUUUGUUAGUGUGGUGUGGAAAGGGAACGCUGAACUGCAUGUCAUGGAAAAGUUAGCUACAAUGAAGAAGGUGGCGAUGAAGGUGAUGGUGAUGAUGGCAAUAGUGUGGUCUUAAAUAGUGUUAACAACAACAAUGAUGUUGAUGACAUUUUGGUUUCCCAGCUUCUAAUAAAGGCAACCUACUUUUUAUAUCGA